UUUAAGUGGCGCUUUGAGCUGGCAGGCAGAACAAGUCGUUUGUCCCACCGGCGUUUUAUUUAGAAGCAGAAGGUCGUCCGGAGUUAGGCGCUAUUAGGCAACGAAUAAAUACUCGACAACGUUGCCGUAGUUUAUAACCAGAAACGAUGUGACGGCGCGAGUGAUGUGUUCGCUUUAUGUCGCGCUAAUUCGGACUAUUACGAUAACUCACUUGUUGGCUAAUGUUAGCUAGCGCUUAGCCAGCUCGUCAGCGAAUGGUACAUUUCAGGCACGUAGUACCUUUGCGCCGGUCGAACAGCGGGCUCUCUUUCCUUCUUUUGUUGUUCCGGUUGGUUCAGUGCGCUCGACUCAGGUUUUUCUCAAAUUGACACCGAGUGGCUGUUUUGAUGGCAGCCGCGACCACCGCCCGGAGGCUGCCCAUGGGUGUGCGGACUUUUAGCGAUUAUCUCCAGGUUGCCAUUGUGGGCUCUCCGCGGUCCUGCCGCCCAGCUGUGCCGCGAAUGUGCACGCGACAAAACAUCAGACAUUUGUCCUCAUGUGGCAUUUUGAUGACCAGAUCUCCCAGAGUGCUUUGCCUUCAUGACUGGGAUGCCAUGGCAAGUGUUCCCCAGAGCAGGAACUUCAUCAGCCUCACCAACAAAAGGAAGGAGUACUCUGAGCGCAGGAUACUUGGGUACUCCAUGCUGGAGAUGUACGACGUAGUGGCAAAUGUGGACGACUACAAGCUGUUCGUUCCGUGGUGCAAGAAGUCUCAGACCGUGGCCAAGCGUGCGGGCCACUGCAAAGCCCAGCUGGAGGUGGGCUUCCCGCCCAUGGUAGAGCGCUACACCUCCAUGAUCAGCUGCGUGCGGCCACAUCUGGUCAAGGCGGUGUGCACGGACGGAAAGCUGUUCAACCACCUGGAAACCAUCUGGCGCUUCAGUCCCGGCAUUCCCGGCUACCCCCGCACCUGCACAGUAGACUUUUCCAUAUCCUUCGAGUUCCGCUCCCUUCUGCACUCGCAGCUGGCCGCCAUGUUCUUCGACGAGGUGGUCAAGCAGAAUGUGGCCGCCUUCGAGCGGCACGCCUGCAAGCUCUACGGCCCGGAGACCCGUAUCCCGCGGGAGCUCAUGUUCCACGAGGUCCACCAGACGUGAUGUCCGGCCUUAAACGCCCAACCUGGAUGAAGUUGCUGCUUAGUCGCCCCCUUACGCCCCUGUCUACCUCCCCUGAGGGACAAUGUCCAGUGAGUUCAUGUACAAAAUUAGAACAACAGAUAAAUCGCGGAACAACACAUGCUUUUAUUUUAUUUUUAAAGGCAACCAAUCCAGAGUUUGAUUCUGAAGUGGAGGAAGUCAUGUUUCACUGUGACCUCGAAGUUAAACCAUUUCCACGUCCUUAGGCCUGUCACGAUAAUGACUAUAUUGACUUAUCGUUGCAUAAAUAAAAUGGACGUGAUGGUUUUUCCGUACUCGAUAAAUUAUUAUUGUUGUGGUGAGCCAGCGCGCUGAUCACACAGUGAGUUGACAGAGUGGGACGGCUGUGUCAUUAGCCGCUAGUGGGCUCAUGGAACGCCGGCAGACCAGUACACUCUUACCAGUGUUGACUGCGUCUAAUACUCAACUGCCUUGCUCCUUUCACUCAACAGAGACGUUAAGGGAAAGUUAACGGCUAACUAUUAUGUUCGCAAGCCCACGAGCGAACAAGCUCCCCCCUGAGCUAACAAGUUAAGGAGCUAAACAGCUCGCCCCACCGCAGCGAUGUCGUUUAAAAUGUUAGCGGUUCGCUUCGAGUUGUUGUGUGUUUAAGUCCCCAAUUAACACAGGUGGUGAAAGUUGAGGGCGGGCCUUAUUUUUCAUGAUUUCAGAGGCAUAAAAAAAACCAUAUCAUUUAUUGUGAUAGUUUUUGGGAAAAUAUAUAUUUAAAAAAAUUAUCGUGACAGUCCUACACCCCAUUCACUUUGAUUUCUUUUGAUACCACUACUCACAAAAAGUUAGGGACAUUAGGUGAAUUUUUAGGAUGAACCUAAAAUCCACUAUAACUUUUAAAGGUGAACUUAAUUUAACUUUAGACACUGCUGGGCCUGGGGCCUCCCUGCACUUUAUGUUUGAAUUUAAAAACAAAGAUGUCUAUUGUCAAAGAUUUACAAACAAACAAACAAAACCUAACAUGUUGCAAAUCUGGCAUUUAAACAAAGUGUUGGAUUUUGUAUUAUUUGAAAUGUUGACAUUUUCCCUUUUACUGCAUAUAAAUAGCCACUCCAAAUAUCAGUUAUUGGCCAACCUUGACUACUAAUAAUACCGCUAAACAACCAAUUUAUUGUUCAAGAUUUUUUUUCUGCUGAUUUAGGACAAUUUUGAUGUGCUGAAUCUAAUUAUCUACAGUAAAGUUUUCCAAAAUUUCAAUAUAACUGAAAUGUUAAUCUUAUCUGUUUUAAAUUAAAACAAAAAAGUUCCCGAGGGUCAGGAGCAUAAAUUGAAAUAAGUACUUACCUGAAGUUUAUGCAAUUUUAAAUUGAUCUCUUAUCGACCAUCAAAUUUAUAAAAAAAAAAAAAAAAAAAAGGGGGGGGGCGGGGGGAAGGUUGGUUCUGAUAUGUGUGAAAUUGCCGAAUAUUGGCGCCGAUUUCCAGCCCGGCCGAUAGUUGGUCUAUCCCUAGUGUUUUAAUUAUUAUUAUAUCCAGGGACAUCCGCUUCUGUGCCUUUCUGUGACUUCCAGUGUCUCUGUAUCUAUGAUGCAACCUGCUGAUGACACUUUGUGACACUGUAAGCUCAGUUUAGCUUCUCUAAGGUUUAUGGUGAAUUCAUCCUGAAAUUGAGCCCUAUAUCCCAAACUUUUUUUGAGUAGUGUAUAUGCUUUGGGCGGCACGGUGGACGACAGGUUAGAGCGUCAGCCUCACAGUUCUGAGGACCCGGGUUCAAUCCCCGGCUCCGCCUGUGUGGAGUUUGCAUGUUCUCCCCGUGCCUGCGUGGGUUUUCUCCGGGCACUCCGGUUUCCUCCCACAUCCCAAAAACAUGCAUUAAUUGGAGACUCUAAAAUUACCCGUAGGUGUGAAUGUGAGUGCAAAUGGUUGUUUGUUUGUAUGUGCCCUGCGAUUGGCAGGCAAACAGUUCAGGGUGUACCCCGCCUCUUGCCCGAAGAUAGCUGGGAUAGGCUCCAGCACGCCCGCGACCCUAGUGAGGAGAAGCGGCUCAGAAAAUGGAUGGAUGGAUGUAUAUGCUUUGCUGCAUUAUAUAGUGAGCUUGGUGCUAAGCACUUAAUUUAUGAUUUAUGUUGUUUUUUCUUUCUCUCUCUCUCUCUCUGGGGCGUUGGGGGGGGACAGCAGAUAUAAUGUGCCAUGUUGGGGACAAUAAGAGUGUUCACAGGUUUAUUUAAAGGGACAAAGUUGUUUUCUGUCUGCACUUUGAACUUGCCUGCUGUCGUGCUGUGACAUUUGCAUGCAUGUGCACUAAUUUUGUAGCCCAGCAGUGUACUGCUGCCACACGUGUUAAAUCGGAUGACCAGCGCUUCAACUUUUCUUUAGCUUAGGGAGAUUUACAUGAGGAGCUGCAUCAAAUCCACUCAAUCACACUCUAAUCUAUUAAUUAAUUUCCAUUGUUUUCAUCUGGAUAAUGUAAAUGUUGAAAUGCAGGCAUCUUAAUUCUGGGAGUUAAUUCCUUUUUUUCUUGAAAACAAAAGGAAAAUUGUUUUCCAGAUAACAGGAAAAUGAAUAAUCAUUUUUUUAAUGAACUUCAGAAUCAAUUAAAAUGUUGCUUUUUUUCUUUCAAUACAAAAAAUAUAGUCCACGCUGGGGAUUUUAUUUAUUUUUUUUCUCAAUCUUUUAAAUGAAAAAUGUUUUUCAGGUAAAAAAACAAAACAAAACAGGGCAAAUUCAAUUCAACAGUUAGUUAUGCAAAAACAAUGGCAAUUUUGUCAUCCUUUGAUCCAUGAAAACUGUUAUAUUUUUAACAUCACUUGCUCUCUGUUGGACAGUGAUAAUGUGCACAAAUCUAAAUUGCAUAGGCUCCAAGUACAAAUGAACAUUUCCAACAUUACGCAGCAAAUGGCCGCAUGAAAACAAGAAUGCCCUUCACGCCUGAGACUGCAGUGUUGAUACUAACACUGUUGGGCUAUAAAAUAAACCAGUUAAGCUUUUUGUAUUUUAUUUCUGCAUAUUUAUGCAUAGCUGUAACUAGUCGUAUUUGUGUGUUAUUCACACACUGAUUGUAAGACAUAAAAAACAUUAAAAUCUUGACUUUGUUACCAAAGGUAAGGUAUGAAUUCUAUUUUUAGGAUUACCUCACUUUCUUCUUAACCCAUGCUAGAAAAAUGUUAAAUUGAUGAACCAAUCGGCAGUGUUGGAGGUGAAUAAAAUUUAGUUCUACAUUGGCGUGUCCAUGUUGUCGAGCUUUUUUAUCUGCAGGGAGAACGCAAGGCAGGAAAAUAUUUCAAGCACCUAUGUUAUUGUGAGGUCCUUUUGUUGUACACGAGCUCAAGUGUACCUUUGGAGCUUAUAUUGUAAACAAAUAAAGUUAAUUAUUUUCAAUGA